GAAAAUCUCGUCGUACCGUCAUGUUGCUCGGACGCGCAUCGCCGUUAUCGUGGCCGUGAUAGUGUAGUCCAGCAGUGACGGCGCGGAUCAUUGGAGUCGUUGCAGCAGCAGCAACAGCGGGGGAGGAUGAUGCUGGUGGCUGCACAUAAGGCUCGGCGCGCGCUACCCGCCAGCGGCCAGACUGUUCAGCUACGAUGGAAACGUGUCAAGUCGCGGAGCAACGCCAUCUUACUGCGGUACGCGAGUGGACGAGGUGGUGUCUCAUUGAAGAGGAUCGAUUGAUUUUAACGUGUCAUUGGUGACAGAACGAAAUCACAACGCAGUUUUUGCGUCAAGUAUGAAAACACGUGAUACAACGCUUCAAAUAGAAAAUAAAGAUGUCCAAGAAAAACGCUAAGCAAGGCAUUGGACGUGCGCUGAUAAAGGAUCGAUUUGGCCCUAGGAAAAACCACAAACGCGAUGGAGAAGACUUUCUGCACACCGUGGACAUGCAGGAUGGCUACGACUGGGGAAGACUCAAUCUUCAGUCGGUCACAGAAGAGAGCUCUUUUCAGGAGUUCCUUGCCACUGCGGAACUUGCUGACAUGGACUUCCAGGCUGAGAAACUGAACAUCAAGUUUAUCAGUACCAAGAAUAACAUUGAUCUGCCGUCGAAGGAGGAGCAAGAGGGAAUUCUGAAGUUACACGAAGAGAACAAAAGCCUUCUGAAGAUUCCUCGAAGACCCAAAUGGGACAAGUCAACGACGUCUCAUGAGCUGCAAACAAAGGAAAAGGAGGAGUUUUUGGAGUGGAGAAAAAGACUUUCUAUUUUGCAAGAGAAAGAGAAUAUACUUAUGACACCUUACGAAAAGAAUCUGGAAUUCUGGAGACAGUUGUGGAGAGUUAUUGAACGCAGUGAUGUUAUUGUACAGAUUGUAGAUGCACGAAAUCCUCUUUUGUUCAGGUGUGAAGAUCUGGAGCAAUAUGUUAAAGAAGUAGAUCCUAAUAAAUUGAAUAUGAUAUUAAUAAACAAAGCUGACUUUCUAACUCCCGAACAGAGAGUAAUAUGGGCUGAAUAUUUUGACAAGAUUAAUGUUAAGGUGGCCUUCUUUUCUGCUACCUUAGAAGCUGAAAAAGAAAAGGACGAUACAAUACCAGAAGAAGAAGAGCAACAAGCAGCAGAAGAAGAAGAAGAUCAAAAUACAGAACCAGAGAGUGACCAAGAAUCAGCGUAUAGUUCAGAUGCACUUAAAGAAGACAGUGAUCAAAAGAAGGACGAUGAUAGUAUUGUAAAUACAGAAACUAAAGCAGAAAUUCCUGCGUCUGACCAAAGUUCAGAUAAUAACAAAAGUACUGCAGCUGUAUUAACUAAGACAGAAAAUCCUGAAGCUGAAAAAAGUUUAAAUAGGAAUUCUGAGGAGAACAAUGAAGUAGAUAAAAAUGCUGAAACUAAUACAGAAAAUCCUGAACUUGUCAAAAAUUUAGAUGACAUAAGUUUGAAUCAUAAUAAACUAAAUUCAUCGAAUUUAUUGAGCAGAGAUGAAUUGAUUGAAUUAUUCAGAACAACCCGUCCAGCAAAGACUUGCAAGAAUAAUAUAACAACAAUAGGACUUGUUGGUUAUCCUAAUGUAGGUAAAAGUUCAACAAUCAAUGCUUUAUUAACGCACAAAAAAGUUUCAGUUUCAACAACACCAGGUAAAACGAAACAUUUUCAAACAAUAUUCCUGGACAGUGAUCUUAUGCUCUGCGAUUGUCCAGGUCUUGUUAUGCCAAGUUUUGUUAGUACAAAGGCUGAAAUGGUGUUGAAUGGCAUUUUACCUGUGAAUCAAUUACGUGAUCAUGUUGCACCAAUCACUGUUUUGGGCUCACUUAUACCAAGGCAUAUCCUUGAAGAGAAAUACGGAAUUAUGAUUCCUCUACCUGAAGUUGGAGAAGAUCCAGAUCGUACACCGACAUCCGAAGAAAUUCUAAAUGCACAUGGUUACAAUAGAGGAUUUAUGACCCAAAAUGGCCAGCCUGAUAAUGCAAGAUCAGCAAGGUAUAUUCUUAAAGAUUUUAUUUGUGGUAAAUUGCUAUUUUGUAAAGCACCGCCAGAUUAUAAUCAGGAUGAAUUUCAUAAAUUUCCUGUAACUGAAAAGAAGCCUCAUACAUCUACUAAUGUACCAUUAAACAAACCUGUGACAAGAAAAACGGAUGAUUUGGAUAAGAAAUUUUUCCAAAAUCCUGCUGUUGGAGUUCACAAAAAAGGAAAAAAGCUAAUUUUGAAUUCAACAUCAAGUGAGUCUGCAUCAAUAAUGGGAUCUCAGACUAGCUUGUGCAGUGUUGAUAAACCAUGGAAGGCACAGAAUAAACACGGUAACAAAAAGAAACGGGAAAAGCUGAGAAGAGUUUAUGCACAUUUAGAUAAACACUAGUUACUGUUGUCACUUUUGUAUGUUUAAAAUCUGUUUAUAUUUUUAGUUAAUAAAUGAAUUACCAAUAAGUUGUA